AUGUUGUGCUGGUUCCCUUUCGCCAUGGUGUGGUAUAUGACUCAGCCGCGGGCGCAUCUUGCCCAGCAUUCGCUCCUGCUCGAUCUGUGGGUCAUGACCUGGUCUGCGAUCGAUCGGCGCGGUCCUGGCAUGAUCACAGCUCUGUCGACGAAGUCCCACGCGUCUCCUGCGCCCGCGCACCCGCAACACUCGCCGUCGGGUCUGCUGGAUGCUGCCUGCUAUGGCGUGCCGACGGUUUUUUUUGUGGGCAGGCGGGGCUGCCAAUGCCUCGGCCGUCACAGGGAGUGCUGCGGAGCAGGUUCGGGAGCAGGAUGA